CACGUGUGUUCCAGAGGUGCUGUAUCCAUGAAGUAGGUGUGUUCCCUCUGUGGUGUGUCCGUACGGCAUCCAUAAAUGGCAGCAGCCUCAGCUCUGCAGCCAGCACAACCCAGGGCUGAAAGGAAAAGUCAGAGGAGAGAAUUACUGGAUGAGAGUGACCAUGGACUUGAUCCCAAACUUUUCCAUAGAAACCUGGAUCCUCCUGGCUACCAGCUUGGUGCUCCUUUAUCUAUAUGGGACCUAUCCACAUAGAGUUUUUAAAAAGUUGGGAAUUCCUGGCCCGAAACCUCUGCCCUUUGUUGGAACUAUUCUUGGUUAUCGUAAGGGCUUUGUAAUUUAUGAUGUGGAAUGUUAUAAAAAAUAUGGAAAACUUUGGGGGUUGUACGAUGGUCGGCAGCCCUUGCUGGCGAUUACAGAUCCAGAUGUGAUCAAAACAGUGCUGGUGAAAGAAUGCUACUCUACCUUCACAAACCGCCGGUCUUUUGGCCCAAUGGGAUUUAUGAAAAAUGCCAUCUCCAUCUCUGUGGACGAAGACUGGAAGAGAAUAAGAACCUUGCUUUCCCCCACCUUCACCAGUGGGAAACUGAAGGAGAUGUUCCCCAUCAUUCGUGAGUUUUCUGAUGGGUUGGUGAAAAACCUGAGACCACAAGCAGAGAAAGGCAAACCUAUCCUUCGAAUAUGUCUCUCUGACCUGGAACUAGCAGCCCAAUCAAUUAUCUUUAUUUUUGCUGGCUAUGAGACCACCAGCCUCACUCUUUCUUUUGCUAUGUAUCUAUUGGCCCUUCACCCUGAUGUCCAAAAGAAGCUGCAAGAGGAAGUUGACAGGACUUUACCCAAUAAGGCACCUGUCACCUAUGAUGCCGUGAUGGAGAUGGAGUAUGUGGACAUGGUGGUGAACGAGGUUCUCAGGCUGUACCCCAUUGCUGGCCGACUUGAGAGGGCCUGUAAGGCAGAUGUGGAAAUCAGCGGAGUGGUUAUUCCCAAAAACACCGUGGUGAUGGUACCAACUUACGCUCUUCAACGGGACGCCAAGUACUGGCCAGAGCCUGAGGAAUUCCGCCCUGAGAGGUUCAGCAAGAAGAACAAGGAAAGCAUCAAUCCUUACAUCUACAUGCCCUUUGGAGCUGGGCCCAGAAACUGCAUCGGCAUGAGGUUCGCUCUCAUGAACAUCAAACUUGCUCUUGUCAGACUCAUGCAGAAUUUCUCCUUCCAACCUUGUAAGGAGACCCAGUUUGAAUUUUAUAAGAGCAAGAAUUCCAAUGAAUAUUGA